CGCCCCCCUGUGUCUCGCCCUCCCUCGCCCCAGCCGCCCUCCCCCCUCCCCCGAGAGAACACAUGAAUACCAAAGCAUCCAUCGAAGACAAGCGGCGGAGAAUCGCCUCCCUGAAGGAGGCCCGGGCACGGGGCGGGGUCACCGCCUCCACCUCGACCGCUGCCUCCACGUCAACCAUCACCGCCGGCGGGCCGAUCAACAUCGACGAGCUGGUGUCCUCGCUGCUGGACAACAACGCCCCGGAGCCCCCUGCCACCGGCACCUCCUCGGGCUCCUCGGUUUCCGCGUCGCCAAGCCUGGAUCCCACGGCCGGGAUCGCCGACAAGGGAUCCCCGGCGGUUGAUGUCGCGGACGCCGGCGAGAGCGGCACCACCCCGGCCAGCGCGCCGGCCCGCGCCGCGGGCACUUUCGUCACGGUCGAGGCCUUCUCUGUGGACAUCCCAUCUAAGGAGGUCAUCCAGUACAGCAAACAGAUCCAGACUUCUCCCUCGGGCUCGCCGCACUCCUCGCGCCCCGGCACCCCGGAGCCCGAUGAUGACGCCAAUGCCCCGGCCGCGCCGGUGGAUCUCUUCGACUUUGGCGAGGCCCCCGAGGGAGCCUCCGGCCAGGACGCCACGGCGGCGGCGGCGGCCGCUGCUGCGUGCCCGCGCCCCUCGGACCUGAGCAAAUCCCUGCGCAAGGCCAUCAUGGAGCGGAUCGUCGACGUUUCCAGCGACGUGGCCCCCCCCGAAGACCCGGUGGCCGGCACUCUGACCGACGGGAAGAACAUCGUUCGUUCGCCUGGCUUUGUGGACUUCUUCGAGAAGGCCUCGCGGCGGAUCGAGCGGGCCUUGAAUGCGGGCGCCGCGUCCGGCUACGGGUCGGAGGCCGACGCCAGCACCUCCAUGAUGGCCAGCUCGGACUUCUCGCUGAAUGACGACCCCCUGGUGAACUUUGCCGACACCCGGGCCAAGCGUGACGACACCUCCAGCAGCCUGAUGAAGGUCUUGCUGCACAUCAGCUCCGGUACCGCAACACUCGACGGGUCGGCAAACCCGGCCGGGCGCUGGAUCGCCGGGCGCACGGCCACCGAUGUCGACUGGUCGCCGGUGCACAAGAACCUUUUCUUGGUGUCGUAUGGCGCGUCGAGCCUGGACGUGUCGGCGGCCGACGCACAGCGCCAGGCCAAGGCCUCCCCCUCGCAGACGUAUGACCGAGAGGCCUUCUCGGCGCCGGGGCUGGUCAUCGUUUGGAGCCUGGCCCUGCGCUCGCGGCCGGAGUACAUCUUCUGGUCGCAUUCUCCCGUCACGGCGGCUCGGUUUUCGCCCGGGCGCGACUCCAAGAUCAUCGGCGGCACGGCCUCCGGGCAGCUGCUGGUGUGGGACAUGAAGGCGGCGGCGGCGGUGGCAACGGCCUCCGGCGUCGGGUCGACUCCCGUGGGCGGGGACGCUGGCGGCGAUGCCAGCCUCCUGGUGGCGGCUCGCGCGCCGGUGAUCAAGAGCCAGCUGGCCAAGCACCACCACUUCCCCAUCUGCAGCAUCGAGACCAUGCUGACGCCGUUCCUGAGUACGGAUCUGGCGGCGGCGGCGGCGGCGGCGGCGACCACGCCCGGCCGGGCCAAGGGGUCCAGCGGGUCUGGCGUGCCGGGUGCCGCGGAGGCCGACGUUUUCGAGGAGGUGGUCGUGGUGUCCACCUCGACCGAUGGCAUGAUCUGCCGGUGGUCGCUCGGGGAGAUGGGCACGCCUGUGGACCACUUCAACCUGGAGGCCGACAGCAGCUCCUCCUCGCACCAUCUGCUGAGCACAUCGGUCAGCAAUCCCACCGGGCCGCAGCUGAUGAAUGUCUAUACGGCGGCUUCCUCGACCGCGGUGGCGGGCAUGACCCUGGGCGGGAUUUCGGCCCUGGGGACCGUGCCGGCUGGCGGGGCGGCGGCCAUGGUGGCCGGGGGCCCGGGGACCGAGCAGCUGGCCACCGGGCCCGGUGCCGGCAUGGCCGGCGGCCCGGGAACCGGGGCACAUACGGACCAAUUUGUGGUCGGCACCGGGGCCGGCGGGGUGUACCACCUGCGGCUGCCGGCGGUCGGCACGCCGAUGGUGGCCUCGCGGCAGGUGCACAUCUCGCCAUUGGCCACCGAUGUGUCGCUCUUCCCCUCCGGGGCGUCGUCUUUCCCCUCGACCGGGUCGCUGUUGCACAUGGGGCCGGUGACGUCGGUGGAUUUGGCCUAUGUGACGGAGCCCUCGCCCAUGGGCGGCAUGGUGCCGGUGGUUUGGUGCUCGAGCGUCGGCUAUGACUGGGGGGUGAAGGUGUCGCGGCUGCUGGCGUCGAAGAUCGCCUCGUUCGGCGACGCGGCCCUCUCUUCCGAGGCGGAGGAUGGCGCCACGGCGGCCAAGGUCGAUGGGUUCACCCCCUACUGCUUCCUUUCUCUCUCGGAUACGGCCUUCGUGGCGCGGUGGUCUCCCAACCGGCCGGGGCGCCUGCUGGCUGUCGGCAGCGCCGACGGGCGGGUGUCCCUCUUUGAGAUUGACCCGGCGCUGGUCCGGCCAGCGGCCCCGGAGGCCGGGUCCUUCGCGGCGGAUGUCGACCUGUCGGCCCUCAACGACCUGGUCCCCACGACGUCCAUCCAGUUGCAGAUGCAGGCGGUGACCGUGGCCCCGGGUGGCGGGGUGGCCGCCGGGGCGGUCGAGCCCGGCACCACCGGGUCGGCCCUUCUGACCGAGCCGGUGAACAUCCUCCGCUGGCAUCCGGACGGGCACCACCUCCUGGCGGCCACGCUGUCGGGCAGCGUGUGGCUGAUCGAGCUUUCCUCGUCGCUGAGCAAGGCUUCGGGCUGA